AUGGGAAAUAACUAGUCAUAGCGUAAAAAUCAUACAAAUUUCAAAACCAAGACUAAGGAACAAUUUAAGAAAUUAUUUUUAAUAAAGAAGGAUUGUCUCUUUUCAAAGUUAUCUUAAAAAACUUCAUCACUUAUUACAUGCUUCUUAAAUAUUUAAGAGUUAGAAAAUCUACUUUAGGUGUCAAAAACUACUUAUUAAAUCUUCAGUCAAACAUCUGGUUGUUUUCAAAUAGUAUGUUAAAGACUUCUGAAUGUUAAAUGUGAGAUAAUUUAAUCCUAAAAUUGGAAACUUAUAUUAUAAAGUAUAUUGUGUAUUCCAAUAAGAUCAUUACCUUAUGGAGAAGCAAUAAAAAGUGUAAGAUAUGAAACUAAAUAAUUCCCAGUAUUUAUAGAACAUAAAAUUAAUUAUAGUGGGUUUCAGAAGGCCAUUCCAUAUUAUGAAUAUAAAUUUGGGGAAAAAAAAUAACUUAUUAAGAAUUCUGAUUACAUAACAGCAUUGCAGUUUGCAACAAAUAACACCGAUAUAUUAUUAAGAGUGAGGUAAGGGUUUGAAAUCCAUACAUAAUUGCCAGAACUACUAAUGUUAAAUUAUAAUCUACAUGAUUAUGUAAAAAUAUAUUGUAAAUAUCUGGAAAUAAGGUUUUCUAAAUGUAAUUUAGAAUAAUUUAUAUAAAUUUGGCACCAUUAUUAAGGAUGGAUAAGUUCUGUAGAAAAUUAAACAUCAAACUUGAUAUUCUUGUUUAAUUAAAUCAUCGAUGAAAGUUUGCCUUAAUACAAGCUACCAAAGUAUACUGUUCGACACUUUAUGGUAUGCGAAUGGAUGAUUAAAGCUAAUAAAGCAGAAAUCAUUGAAAAAUUUAGAAAAGAAUUUAGUUUGUUGAUGAUAGAAUGUAGAAAUAAAAAAAAUAAAUCUUUAUUGUUAAGAUAAUAUGUUUAAUAUCUAAUUGAUAUUAGCACUAAUCAAAAUAAUAUUCAUAAAUAUGGCUAUUAUAAUUUCUAAUAUUGUGAAGAACUCAAUUAAUUAAUUAAUUUAGCAGUAAAUUUAAUUCCUAAUUUAAAUAUAGAGUAUUCAUAAGAUGAGGAAAUAUUAAUUUAUAUAUUUGGAUAGUAUGUAUACGAAUAUUAUAUAUUUGAAUAAUCAUCUGCUUUUAGAGUUGAAUAAUUCAAAUAUGAGAUUAAGCAGUUUCAUUAAGAAUGCUAAUAAAUGUCUAAAAUAUUAGUGAAGAAUUUUGAAGAAUAAAAUAAUAGUAUCUUUGGGAAUGAAAUUUAAAACUUUAGAUACUAGUUAUCCUUACAAUAAAAUGUUUAAAUAAAAAUUAGAUCUUUAUUUAAAUAAGUAGCCUUAAUCGAUGAGGACAUAUAAAAUUCUUCAGAAAACAUAGUAGCUGAAAGCUUAGGAACAUCUGGAGUAUCAUUAACAUCUACAAAUUGUAGUUCAGUAUUUUCAAGCGUAAAAAAUAAUGAUUAAUUAUAUCAUUAUAUAAAAUUUUAUUAAAAAGAUUUAUUUAAUAAAAUUUAAAGAUUUUACUGCAAGGAAUGGGAUGUCUAUUAGUAUUCAUUAGAAUAGGAACCAGUAAAUGAUAAUAUUUAUGAUAUUCCUGAAUUAGCUGAAUAUGAUUAUAUCUCACACUAGAAUUUGAUGGAAUUAUUUUUCAACAGAAUUCAAAGGUCAAAUGCUAUUUGUUAAUUAGAAAGAAGAUAAACGAUUUUGGCAUCCAAUUACUAGUUCAAUCACUAGUAACUCUAAACGCAAUCGCUUAAUCAAUCAGAAUCACUUUUAAAAUGCCUUUUAACAUGA